UGUCAGUGCCGGUAUCAGGCGGUAACAGGGACAAGAUAGGGACAGCCUCGGGAUGGGCGUGGUCAGCCCUGAGGUGAGAGGUGCAGGAUGAAUCCUGGUGACUGUCUUUGGCUCAUCCACGCUGAAGGAGCAGCUUCACGCAGCACAGAGCUGAAGGCCUCUGUGGAGGGGGUGCUAAUCUGCUGCUGGGUGCAGGAGGGAUAUUAACCCACUAGAUACCUCAGAUUAAGCUCAGGGGGCUUCUGGAGCAAACAACCUGCUUUUCAUUGCAUGAUCAGGAGGACUGAGGACCACCAGGGACCAUGAGGGCCGUCCAGUAUUGUCCGCUGCUGCUGCUUUCUCUGAUUCUGCUUUCAACUCAAAGUGAAGCUCUGCGGUGUUACACCUGCAUGGGCUCAAACAACCAAGACUGCAACCGGCAAGGCUCCAAAUCCUGCCCCAGCUACUCUGAUGCCUGCGCAGUGGUGGUCGGCCAUAACAGUGGGGUGAUGAAGUCAUGCUCCUACAAGUCCUUCUGCAGUCAGGCCAACAGUCAGGGCUACAGGUCGCCCGGCGUCCGGGUUCACUGCUGCUACAACGACAACUGCAAUGUGACGAGCCUGGCCUGCCCGCUGCCAGGACUCAACCUGCUGCUGCUGCUGCUCCUGCCUCUGCUCACCCACUGCUUCUUUAAGUAGACGUACACGCCUGCAAGUUACCAUCUACGCCAACUUCAGUACCAACUCAAAUAAUGCCAAAUAAUCCCGCCUGAUUUCACACUGCAUGCCGUCUGCUUUGAUUCUACCUUAUUCCUGCAGCAGAGGAGCUCAAGGUGUGAGCGUGUGGAUUAAACGAACAAUGUAGGAAUGGAUCCACAAAGCUGUGCUCAAGUAGAUGCAUCCUGGAACAGAUUUCACUAAGCCAAUAACUAAACGGAUGAUAAGGGACGAGCUGGGGGAAAAAGCACUCACUUAUUGUUUCCCUCCAAAAGAGGAAGACGUGUUUUAGCUCUUGGAUUUCUGCUCCGUACAAAGAAUGUGAAACUUCUGGAACAAAACUCAGAGUGUGUUUUUCUAAUCACUUUCAAAUUGAAGUCUGACAGCUUCUCCUCUUUUAACAUCCCCACCUAUACACCCAAUUAUAUCUGUGUUGCAGCAGAUGUUACUGAGGCUAAAUAUGGCAGGGAGCGUUCGAUCAGCUGCCGCGUGGUUACAUCUUUAACCUCCUGCCUGUCAAUCACACAUCUGACGAGCUGUGUGAGAGAUAUUUUGGAGCGUGGUGAGAAAAGGUUUCUCACACACCGACAAAUCCACAUAAGCCUUUAACAUGCAUGUGGUCAGGUGCGGACGAGGUUAAUCCACCGCGUUUGAAGUCACUUAAAGAAUUAGGAUUCUAAACUGAGCCCACCUCACAGGAGGGACGCCUCAGCCUGCCAGUGGCUUCUGUAUAUACUGUACAAAGAGAGAGUCUGUGACAAACACCCCACAGUAUUAUUUAUUGAGUGUUUCUGGAACUCACAGUAGGAGAUGUGAAAUGUUUAUUUUAUUAUAAGUGAUAGAUUAUAUUUAAGUGUUUCAUUGGAUUCCCCUUUAAAGGCUUGAGUUUGUCAUCCUGGUCUUGUUUUCUGGAGUGACUUCAUCAGAGUGGGUAAAUGUUGUGAUGUGUCAGUCCUGGUUGACUUGAGUAGCACACACUGCUUUAUGGUUAAUUCUGCCUUUUCACCAGGUGUAAUGUGUACAACAGGAAGUAUUCUGCUUGUCAGUGGCAUAGAGUGUAAGAUCUACUUCUGGAUGUACAGACCAAAGUAUGAAAAUGUUCUUUAUUAAAUGUAAAUACAAACAUUGAA